UUCUGUAACAUACUGUCCUGCUCCGCCUCUCACCUGCUGUUCUCCACAAUUCUAACUGGGGCUGGCCGUGAGAGGGGACUAGGAUUAGCAGUUUCCGAUGUGUUCCCAGAGCCCGCUCUGGCUGCUGGCCCUGGCCGUAAUAUUUCCAGGUAUCAGUGAUGUUGCUGCUGUUAAUAUUUACACCAGUGGGAAUGUUGAAGCUCGGAAUGGCACCGAGAAACGCUUGAAAUGCACGUUUCAGUCCAGCUCUCCUGUCAGCAAGCGAACCACUGUCACCUGGCACUUUCGACACCCUGAAAGCAGCAAUGAGGAGUCUGUCUUUUAUUAUCAUGAGGAGCCAUUCCCACCUCCUGGAGGUCGUUUUAAGGAUCGUAUAUCCUGGUCUGGCAACAUUUGGAAAAAGGAUGGAUCAAUUACUAUCAGUAACCUGCAAUUCACGGACAAUGGAACCUUUGUGUGCAGUGUAAAGAAUCCCCCAGAUGUACAUGGGAUCGCUGGAGAAAUCAAACUGACUGUUGUCCAUAAAGUCACAUACUCGGAGAUGACGAUCCUGGGGAUUGUGAUUGGAUGUGCCACAGGCCUGGUGGUGCUGAUUGUUAUCGCAGUGGUUGCUGUUCAACUUGUUCGUAAGAACCGGGAGCAGCAGGAGCAGGAAGAUGAGGAGUAUGAGGAGGACAAGGAACUCCAUUAUGAACUUCAGAACGGGUUGGAAUUGCAGAAAUCGGACCAUGAGCCAGAGCUUCUGACUGAAGGGUUAGAGACAACAGCUGUCUCCUGACAAACCGCACCAGGAAGGUCAAUUUCUGAACCAAGUUUGAUUUUAACAAGAGAAGAAGCAAAAUUCUAAAACAGAGCCACACGUCUCUUUACCUGUUGUAGAGAGAAAGAACAUUUCAGAUUCCGUUUUCCCUUUUUGUUCCUUACUUCCUAGGUGGAGCUAAUGAUGUGGUACACACUGGAUUCUGUGUAGAUUCUACAGUCUAACCCCAAUCUACAGCGGCUCCACAUGAAUGCAGCCUUGGCUUGUCAAUAUUUAUUAGUAAAUCUAUGGAGAAAAUCAGAGAGUGUAGUUGUUAUAGUUACAGAUUAUUGAUGCAGAGAAUGAGAUGGUUAAAUUCCAUCAGAUCAGUUUAAGAAUUUAGUUCGGUUUUAGUAAAUCUGGUAGUAAGGAGCUGGUCUCAGUAAUUGUGACAGAAUGACCCAGUUGGAAAAACCCAACUUGCCAACUCAUGUCCUUUAGGGAAGGAAGCCUGCCAAAAGUUGCUCAAUCUGGGUGAUACUUGUCUCCUGAACAAUAGUAAUGUGGCUCACUUGCAACACCCCUCCUAAAUGGCCCACAAAACUGUCAGUUUCCUCAAAUGACUGACAGAGGAAUGACACAUGGACAACAGUGUUUAAGCAGGCAGCCCAUCACCAACCUCUCUGGGCCCAGCCAGCUACAGACACAUCCUGAGAAUUAGCAAUUUAUAAAUUUCAGGUUUAGGAAAUUCUUUGUCACAAUGCAAACUGCACCAAAAGCUAACUUUCACUUAAUAAAAACCAAAAUAACUGCAGAUGCUGUAAAUUAGGAACAAAAACAGAAAUUCCUGGAAGGUCAGCAGCUCUGGCAGCAUCUGUGAAGGAAAAAAUCGAAGUUAAUGUUUCGGAUCCAGUGACCCUUCCUCAUAACAGUUCUGAGCAAGGGCCGCCGAACCCAGAACAUUAACUCUGUUUUGUUUUUUUCUUCACAGAUGCUGCCAGAACUGCUGAGCCUUUCCAUAGCCUCCCUAACUAUGCAUUCAAUUUGCCUUGCAAUAAACUGGAGUGUUCUAUCAGCCUCACUACCUACUUGUUGUAUCUGCGUACUAACCAUUAUACUUCAUGCUGUAGGACGUCUACAUCCCUGUGCACCUCAGAGCUGUGCAGUCUCUCACUGUUUAGAUCAUAUGCUUUGUUUUUAUUUCAGUUUACCCACCAAAAUAGGGCUUUCACAUUUUCCACGUUACGGUCUACCUGCCAGAUCCUUGCCCACUCACUUAACCUAUCACUAUCCCUUCGUAGCCUCUUUAUGUCUUCUUCACAUUUUCUGUCUUACCUGUCUUUGUGUCAUCAGCAAAUUUAUCUCCAUUGAAUCCCUUCAUCAGUCCAUUUAUGGAAAUUGUAUACUGUUGAGAUCCUAGCAACAUACCAUUCAUCACGAGUUUGCUGGGAUCUGUCCGCAAUUUGUUGCUGGCUCUUUGUCUGAUGCUGGUCUUGGGAUUUCUCUACUAUUCUGCUGGAAAGUUACAUUUGCAUGGAUGGGGACAGGAACCACGUGAGUCAUGAAUGUACUAUUUUAAAAA